CAAAUGAACAUUUUUCUUUUUAAUGGUAGGGGAUAACAAUAUAAAAACAAGUAAGAGAGGGGUAGAGGGAGAUGGGGAAGGAGAAGGAGACUAUUCCGAUUAUAGAUCUUUCAAAUUUUCCUAGAGAAUAUGUGAAAAUGAGGGAAGCAUGUGAGGCGGUGGGAUAUUUCAGGGUGGUGAACCACGGCAUCCCUCUAGACCUGUUGGGUGACAUGAAGAGAGUCGUGAGAUCUCUGUUGGACCUUCCAAUGGAAACCAAGCGGCGGAACACCGACGUCAUCACCGGCAGCGGCUACGUGGCCCCCAGCCAAGUCAACCCUCUUUACGAAGCUUUAGGCCUCUAUGACAUGGCUUCAUCCCAAGCUGUGGAAACUUUCUGUUCUCAAUUGGAUGCCUCCCCUGACCAAAGGGAGGUCAUUGAAAAGUAUGCUAAAGCAAUUUAUGAACUGGCCUUGGAAUUGGGGGGGAAGUUGGCUGAAAGCUUGGGAUUGGUGAGGGAUUUCUGCAGAGAUUGGCCAUGCCAGUUUCGGAUAAACAAGUACAACUUCACCCCAGAAACGGUUGGCUCAACCGGAGUGCAAAUCCACACUGAUUCCGGUUUCCUGACCAUUCUUCAGGAGGAUGAAAACAUUGGUGGUCUGGAGGUGAUGGACAAGUAUUCUGGUACCUUUAUACCCGUCGAUCCCUUGCCGGGCACCCUUCUAGUCAAUCUCGGAGACAUGGCUGCAGCUUGGAGCAACGGAAGGCUCUGCAAUGUUAGGCACAGAGUACAGUGCAAAGAAGCAGCCAUUCGGGUGUCAAUUGCGACGUUCCUGUUAGGACCGAAAGAGGAAACUGUGGAAGCGCCGGAAGAGCUGGUGGAUGCAGAGCAUCCCCGCCUUUAUGUUCCUUUUACCUAUGAGGAGUACAGGAAACUCCGGCUGUCCACAAAAUUGCGGGCUGGAGAAGCCCUUGAACUUGUACGCAUCAAUUGUUGAAUCCUGAACCUGAAAAUGAAAUGGACAAUGACAUGCUUAGGCUGGAGGAGUACUACAAAGGAUUCCCUUUUGAUGAAUAAACAGGAUUAUUCUAGAAAUAAUAUAUUGGAAGAUUUCUGCAGCAUUUUUCUCUUACUUAAACCCACUUAAAUACCUAAAUUAAGCUUAGAUUAGUAC